CACCCGUCCUUCUUUUCCCUCUUCUCUCCUCUUUCUUUCCAACCACAUCAUCCUCUCCCUCCCUGCCUCUCUUCCUCCCAGUCCUCUUCUUCUUCGCCCCUUGAUCUAUUCGCACUCCCCACUCUACCCCCCUUAGACCAGCAGCAACACCAACAGCCUCUCUUUCCACAAUGGUUCAUCAAAACUCCACCACCGCUGCCUUCGUCGACGCCGAGGAUAAGCACUUCCAGGAGGAGGUCGCCAAGGUCAAGGCCUGGUGGGCCACCGAUCGCUUCCGCCUCAUCACCCGCCCUUACUCCGCAGAGUCCAUCGUCUCGAAGCGCGGUAACAUCGAGACCGAAUUUGCCUCCAACAUCCAGGCCAAGAAGCUCUGGAAGCUCUUGAAGAACCACCGCAAGAACGGCACCGCCUCCCACACCUUUGGUGCCCUUGACCCCAUCCAGGUCGCUCAGAUGGCAAAGUACCUCGAGACCGUCUACGUCUCCGGCUGGCAGUGCUCCUCCACCGCCUCGAGCUCGAACGAGCCCGGUCCCGAUCUGGCUGAUUACCCCAUGGACACCGUCCCCAACAAGGUCGAGCACCUCUUCUUUGCCCAGCUUUUCCAUGACCGUAAGCAGCGCGAGGCCCGUCUCACCGCCUCUAAGGAGCAGCGCACCAAGAUGGCCAACAUCGACUUCUUGCGCCCCAUCAUCGCCGAUGCCGACACCGGUCACGGUGGUAUCACCGCCAACAUGAAGCUCGCCAAGAUGUUCGUCGAGCGCGGUGCCGCCGGUAUCCACUUGGAGGAUCAGAUGGCCGGUACCAAGAAGUGCGGCCACAUGGCCGGCAAGGUCUUGGUCCCUAUUUCCGAGCACAUCAACCGUCUCGUUGCCAGCAGAGUCCAGUUCGAUAUCAUGGGCGUUGAGAACUUGAUCGUCGCCCGCACGGAUUCCGAGGCUGCCACUCUGAUCACCUCCAACAUCGAUCCCCGCGAUCACGCCUUCAUUCUCGGUGCCACCAACCCCAAGCUGAAGCCCCUUGUCGUCGAGAUGGCCGAGGCCCAGGCUGCUGGCAAGAACGGUGACGAUCUCCAGGCUGUCGAGGACAACUGGGUCCAGGCUGCCAACAUCAAGUUGUUCCGCGACGCUAUUGCUGAUGAGCUCAAGGCCAAGGGCAAGCAGAGCAAGGUCGACGAGUGGUUGAGCAAGUCCGAGUUCCUCUCCAACCCCGAGGCCCGCCAGCUCGCCAAGUCCUAUGGCGCCGAGGUCCACUGGGACUGGGAUCUCCCCCGUACCCGUGAGGGCUACUACAGAUACCAAGGCGGUACCCGCUGUGCCAUUAACAGAGCUGCUGCCUUCGCUCCCUACUCUGACCUCCUCUGGAUGGAGACCAAGUCCCCCAUCUUGGCCCAGGCCACCGAGUUCGCCCAGGGCGUCCUUGCCAAGCACCCCGAAGUGAUGUUGGCCUACAACCUCUCGCCUUCCUUCAACUGGGAUGCCGCCGGCAUGACCGACAACGACAUGCGCACCUUCAUCGCCAACCUCGGCAAGCUUGGCUUCUCCUGGCAGUUCAUCACCCUCGCCGGAUUCCAUUGCAAUGCUUUGGGCAUCGACGUCUUUGCGCGCGAGUUUGCUGAUAAGGGCAUGUACGCCUACGUCAACGGUAUCCAGCGCCAGGAGCGCAGCAACGGUGUUGAGACCUUGGCUCACCAAAACUGGUCUGGCGCCAACUACUAUGAUAACCUGAUCAAGACCGUCAGCGGUGGUGUCUCCUCGACCGCCGCCAUGGGCAAGGGUGUCACCGAGUCCCAGUUCGGCUCGCACUAAGAAGGAUUUGUCGACUGAAGAGAUCUUUUUCUUUAUUUUUUCUCACCCAAGAAAAGAAAAGAAAAGAAAAGAAAAAAAAACCCCGGGGGGUUGUAAAGAGGGGGGAGCGUUAUCCAUGACCCCCCAAAUAUGCCCAGAACCAGACCCCAAGGAGUCCAUCAAGUGAACCCCCCUUGUAACAUAUCCAUGCAUCCACCAAAUAAAGAUACACACUCC